AUGGCAGAUGAGAAGAAAGAAGUGAAACACACGAUGAUCAGGGCAAUGCAAUAUCAGAGCUCAAGCGCCUCGGCUGCCGCUGAGUUCAAGUUAAAUCCAAACGCACCCGAAUUCUUCCCUGAUCCUUUCAUCCAGAUGCCGACACCAAAUUACUUCUGCCAAUAUCUCAAAUUCCUCAACGGCAGCAGCGGCGGAAUGGAACCAGAUUGUAUCUACUUUGAAGAUCAGAAACCAAAGAAUUUUGUCCCUGAAUUAAACGUCAAGGCUUCUAAUCUGAACAAGAACAGCACUGAUCGGAUUCAGAAGAUUGUGAAACAGUCGCGCAUGGUUAUAGUAGAAAAUUUAUCAGAAGAUUCUUCACGCCAACACAUUGAGAAGUUAUUCAGCAUUGUUGGAAGUGUUAAGAAUAUCAGAAUCUGUCAUCCAAAAGAACAUAAUUCAACUAGUCCUUCAAAGAUUGAUGUUAUAAUUAGUAACAAGUUGCAUGCAUUUGUGGAGUUUGAGGCAACAGUUCAAGCAGCCAAGGCUGUAGAGAAGCUAAAUGAUGAGAGCAACUGGAGGAAAGGACUUCGUGUGAGAUCUUUGGAUAAAUGCAUGCUAAGAUCAGUAACCAAAGGCAAAAUGUAUGAUCAUUUUGACUUGAACUCAGAGGAUGAUCAGUCUCCUUUCUCUCAAAAAUUAGAAUCUCCCAAAAUUAAGCAGAUUAGUGAAAAUCAGAAUGGUGCAAGGAAAGCAUGUGGAAGAGGACGAGGGAAACUAAAUGGACUUGUUCAAAACUACAAUGGUCAUGGUAUUUUAUCCAAAACUCCACAAGAAGCACAAAAGAUUGGCCAUGGCCUAUUUGAGAACAAUAUCAAACAAGCUUCUCCAAGACCAAGGAUGCCCGACGGAACUCGAGGAUUCACUAUGGGCAGAGGAAAGCCAUUAAAUCACUAA